AUAUCUCGAUGGUAUUAUUUUUUGUUUGUUUGUAGUAUAUGCAUAGUAAUUAGACUUCAGACCCUGUGGUACCUAGGCGUGCCUGCCAACAAAUCCAGCGAUCCGCCUCUAGCGCUGCCUAGCAGGCGGGGUUACCUCUGCCUGAAUUUGACUUUCUCAUUUUCACUUCCUUAAUGAUAAUUAAAGGGCCACAGCAACUUACUACACGAUGAGUUUAUUGCAUAAACUAGCACCUUGGCCGGGAAAGGCAGUUUUAACAUUGUCUGCUGUCAGGCAAUUGUCUGCGAGUUCAGCGGUAGCCAAGGUCCGUGGUCCCCCAGCGGGGUGUCGUGUCUGUCCGACGAGGCGUCGCAGAUUCCUCGGUUCCCCGGAUCCUCUUGUGGCCGGUGUUGCCAGGCAUUACUCGGAGGAUCUGCCGCCACAGCAGCGAGAGGUUAGAAUAAGCAAGCUGGAAGGGGAUGACACCGGGAUCGCGGAAGUGCGCAUGAGCCGGCAGCGCGCACGCAACUCCCUGGGAAAGGUGUUCAUCGCUCAGAUGUUCGAGGUGGUAGAUUCUCUGCGUCAGGACAACCAGGUGAGGGUGGUGGUGUUUCACAGUGAAGUCAGGGGAGUGUUCUGUGCAGGCGCUGACCUGAAGGAGCGCGCUCAGAUGAGCAACACCGAGGCAGAGCACUUCGUACACCGGCUGCGCAGCCUGAUGAGUGAGAUCGCGGCUUUGCCAAUGCCCACCAUCGCAGCGAUAGACGGCUAUGCUCUUGGCGGGGGGCUGGAGCUGGCCCUGGCAUGUGACCUUCGCACUGCAGCUGCUUCUGCAAAGAUGGGUUUGAUUGAGACCACAAGGGGGCUCCUCCCAGGUGCAGGGGGCAGUCAAAGGCUGCCACGCACGGUGGGGAUGGGCGUUGCCAAGGAGCUGAUCUUCACAGGCAGGCAGGUGGACGGCGAGCAGGCGCUGGCGCUGGGGCUGGUGAACCGGGCAGUGCCACAGAACCAGGCAGGGGACGCCGGGUACAGGGAGGCCCUGUCGCUGGCACGAGAGAUCAUCCCGCAGGGACCAGUGGCUGUGCGGAUGGCUAAAGAGGCCAUAAACAGAGGCUCUGAGGUGGAUGUAGCCACUGGAAUGGCCAUCGAAGGCAUGUGCUAUGCCCGGGUCAUCCCCACACGGGACAGGCAGGAGGGCAUGGCAGCCUUCAUCCAGAAGAGGGCGCCACGCUACACUGGGGAGUAGGGACUGGGUGUCUUGCUGUGUUCUGCUGAUGAGAGUGGACAGGCAGCAUUGCAGCAUUGGAACUUCCACUGUUGUUACAAAACUUUUAAACAGGUACUUCCUAGGAAACUGUACAUUUUUGAAAAUGUCCCAAUUUUUCCCUAUCGUUAUUAAAUUAUAUGGGGAAGUUACAAUUCCAAUCUGUGCUGCUCGGUUUUCUAGGAUCAACCUCAGAUACUACACUACUGCCUUGUGGUAUUUCUUUAUUUUUUAUUUCCUUAUGUAUUUGAUUGAGAGAAUUUCUGUUUCAGGUGUGGAUUUCCCCUCCUGUAUAAAAAAUAUAAAAUUAAAUCAUUUCCUGGGAAA